GAGGGUGGUGGGCGGAGGGAGUAGGGAGCGGGACAGAGAAAGUCUGCUGCAGCCCGGAACAAUUUCUUACACAUAGGGGGAUUACUUGGAAUUAACCGGGGAGCUCGAUAAAGAAAUAACAACACAGAGAUUUUAGCCUGGAGAGGGAACAGGACACACUGUAACUUUGCACACAAAUGUCCUAAAAUGGACACUAUACGGACUUAGCCCUGACAGAAUGCCAGUCUAUUCUCUCAAUUUGAAAGUAUUCUGGCUGCUGGUCGCCUUCCUAUUCACAGGCAUAUGGUGCUUGUUUGUGACUUGGAGAAGAGAUGGCGUGGCACAAGGAGAAGGAAGCUGCCCAGAGAAUGGAUUUAACCACUUACAAGUUGGGUUUAAGUUUUGCCUGGUGUUCCUACUCUGUUACAUCGUCUUGAGAUGGUGCGGCUCCUUCCCCCGCCGCCACUAUGGGCCCCCCUGCAGUCUGAGCGUGCAACAGCACCACCAUCAGCAACAGCACCGGAGAAACGUUUUGGAAACCUACUAUGAGCAGCACAUCAGGCUCUCCCCCCAUGUCCUGGGACAUAGCAAGGCUCAUGUUAGUCAGAUUGUGGGGGAGCUGAUCAAGGUGGGCAAAGCCAAGCAGCAUGAUGGCGGCGUCACAUUCAGAGGAGACUUUGUGCAGGUGGGCAGUGCUUAUGAGCAGCAUAAAAUUAACAGCCCAGAUUGCUUCGACAUCCUAGUUCCCCUCAAGAUGCCCCAAAGUCUCAAGUUUGAACCUCUUUUAAAAGAAAACAACAAGGAGUCAGUUGCACCCAUUUUGCAAGGUGGCAUCAUGUGCCAGGUGGCGGCACCCAAAAAGUCAGAGUGGGUAAAGACCUACAAGCAAUUCAACGAAUGCUUCUGUGCAGAGAUAGACCAGAAACAUCAGCUGUCAUCGGCUCUAGUGCUAAGGUGGUUCCACUGGAAGAUACAGAGGUGUCUUAAUGUCAUCAGGUACCAUUUUGAGGAAAGGUGCCACAUCACGCUGUGUGUGUGUGACGAAAAACUCAUUCUUAAAAUCCUGCCCAGAUCAGAUUAUGUGUGUUGCCACAUUUCCAUGUCUGUGAGGCUUAUCCCUGCUUUUCACCUGGGGGACUCUGUAUUCCUGACCGCCCAACCCUGGAAUAAAGCAUUCAGUCAGGAUUCUAUAAACCUGGAUAUUUACUGGGGCAUCAACUUCUCCAAACAUGAGCAAAGGCUUAUGAGCUGGUUCAAGGAUCAAGCACCAUUAAACUCCUGCCACCUGAAGUGCCUGCAGAUCAUGAAGGGCCUAAGGGACCUCAAUGGGAAAACAUUGCGGCCAUUUGUUUACUCCCAGUGGAAAGCCAUACUCUCUUCUUAUGUUCUGAAAACUGCCCUUUUCUAUCUUCUUCUUAAAAUCCCUGUGGAACAGUGGGAUGAUUCCUUGCUCAUGGAGAGAAUGGAGGACCUUGUUUUGUUUUUGAAGGAAUGCUUGGAGAAACAAAGGCUAUUGCACUUCUUUCUCGGCAAUAUCAACAUCCCGAGCUUUAUCUCUCUUCCGAAAGUGUUCAAAGAAGCCCAACCAGUCAACUUGUUAGAGGGGUAUGGCCCUGAUAUUUUGGACCAUGCUUCUUUUCAGCUUCUUAACUUUUGGAUCCAAAUGCCUCAGAUUCUAAGAAUGAAUGCCAGCCCUAGAAAUGUACCCAGAGAAUCGGCCAGAUGCAAACACGCAAUGUUUAAUUAGCUAAUUAUGGAUAGAAGGCAUGCAGGGCACCACUGCAACCUGUUUUGUCAUUAGCAGAUAAAGCUUGGCGUAUCUCCAUGGUUCAAAAAUAUGUCACAUGAUCACUUUUAGAUUUAACAAUAUCUAGUUUCAGCUGCCAACCUGCUCAAUUGUUAUGCACUUAGGAUUCUAAUACCUUUCAGUCACAGGAGAUUCCAUUGCAUGAAAUAGAUAAUGAGGCAUUAAACUGGUUAAACAUGGGUUGAUCUUUGGUCAAACAAUUCAAUAAUCACCAUCUAAUGUUUAUGUUUGCUGAGCUCCAGAACAAACGAUUUUGUCAAAAGACAAAAUCGCCGUAGCCAAUGACCUCUCCAAACUGGAACAUGAUGGCAGCACACAGGUCACUAGUUAAAUCAGUUCAGUUGGACCAUUCAUGUAGUGGCCAAGUUGAUUAGCUUACUGGUCAUUAUAAGAUAAACUGAAAUUUAGCCUACAGUAAAGAAAGAAAUGAAAAGAGACUCUAUAGGGGUUAUGGAAUAAAGGGCACUAAGUGUUCCCAGGAGCAAUAACCCAUAGCAACCAAUCAGCAGGUAGCAUUUACUGGUUACCCAUUUAAAAAGCAAAUAUCCUAUUGGCUUCUAUGGGUUACUGCUCCUAGGGCAAAUGUUGCUCCUUUUAUUACAUAUUGGGAAUAAUCUCUAUAGCUGGCACAUCAGCUGUUAUAUAAUAAGGGCUUUUUGGGAAAUAGCACAUAGUGUAUACACUUGAAAAUUAAGUGGUCAUCAAAGAACUCCAAAACAGGCCAUGUGCCAUUGCCCUUAGCUGGUAGGGCCAUAGUGACCUUGCCCUAAAUUAUCCAAAAAUAUAUGCAAGUUGAUAGAAAAACAUAUGCGAUCAAACGGUUGAUCAGCCAGAAGCAAUUUAUAUUACAGUGAAGAAUAUAUUCCUCCUAUUUCUAGAAAUAGGAGGGUGUUAGCAUCACCUUUAAAGGGGUAGUUCACUGUUAAAUAAUCUUUAAAUAUGAUGUAGUUAUUCAGAUCUGAGACAAUUUGCAAUUGGUCUUCAUUUUUUAAUUUGUGGUUUUUGAAUUAUUUAGCUUUUUGUUUAGCAGCUCUCCAGUCGGAAUUCCAGCAGCUGUCAGGUUGCUAGGGACCAAUAUACCAGAGAAACCAAGUAGUGGUUUGAAUGACAGACUGGAAUAUGAAUAGGAGAGGGUCUGAAUAGAAUGAUAAGUAAUAGAAUGUAUCAAU